AAAAUUACCACAUUUUGCAACGCAGGCCACUGAGCCCAACCAGUAUCAAAGCCCUCAUUGGUGGUGGAAGAGAAAGCUAAGGUGCGCCAUUCAGUUUUCAAAUAGAGCUGAGCAGGAGGGAGAAUGAUCUUUAAUGAAGAAUGAUUCUGUUACUUCUGCUUAAUUAAAUCCAUUUUCAGAGCUCAAGUGAGUACCUCCUACCUUAGGGUUUCGCUCCUCAACACUCAUGGAGGCUGUCGUGGUCGACGCUGGCUCCAAGCUCCUCAAAGCCGGUCCCGCCAUUCCUGACCAGGCUCCCGCCAUGAUUAUUCCUACUCAAAUGAAGCGCAUGCCUGACGAUGGAUUAGCGACUGAUAGCUCAUUAUGCGAAGAUAUCACCGUUGAUCCUGUUGUAAGAGGUGUUAUUAGAGACUGGGAUGCAAUGGAAGAUUUGUUGCACCAUGUUCUGUAUACUGGCCUUGGAUGGGAAAUUGGCAAUGAAGGGCAGAUAUUAUUUACAGAUCCGCUUUGUACCCCCAAGGCAGUCAGAGAACAGUUGGUGCAAUUGAUGUUUGAAACAUUUAACAUAUCAGGCUUCUAUGCUUCAGAGCAAGCAGUAUUGUCAUUGUAUGCAGUGGGACGAAUUUCGGGUUGCACUGUGGACAUUGGUCAUGGAAAGAUAGAUAUUGCACCAGUAAUUGAAGGUGCUGUGCAUCAUAUUGCCUCCAAAAGGUUUGAAAUAGGAGGAACGGAUUUGACAAAGUUACUUGCUCAAGAACUAGGGAAAUCCAAUCCAGGUGUUAACAUUAGCAUGUCUGAUAUUGAGAAGAUAAAGGAACAAUACUCAUGCUGUGCUGAAGACGAACUUGCAUACGAGAAGACUGGAAAGUCAUGUCAAACAGAGCAACAUACCCUUCCUGAUGGACAGGUUAUUACAAUUGGAAGAGAAAGAUAUACUGUUGGUGAGGCUUUAUUCCAACCAUCUAUAUUAGGUCUAGAGGCACAUGGAAUUGUUGAGCAGCUUGUUCGUACUAUUUCAACUGUAUCAUCCGAUAAUCAUCGUCAGCUAUUGGAGAACACUGUACUUUGUGGCGGUACAACCUCAAUGCCUGGUUUUGAAGAAAGGUUUCAGAAAGAAGCUGGUCUGUGCUCAUCUGCUGUUCGCCCUGCUCUAGUCAAGGUACUUUGUUUUUAUCAUGAAAAUGCAUUUUGCUUUAGAUUCCAUACGAAGCAUGGAUUGACAGUAAAGUUCCUACACGAAAUAAGUGUGGUUUUCUGUUGUUCUUAUAUCAAAUGGUAUUGGAUUGAUGGUUUGGGUUUCAUGGUGUGUUUGGUUGAUCUACAAAAUCUAUGUUUGAUUUGCAAUUUGCAUUCUACACUUUUUUUUUUCACUUGUGCAGUUUCUUUGAGAAGAUUUAACUUCUUUCUUCAUUUUUGGGGUUAUAAAAAGAUAAUUUGGAAAUUGUGCAGUAAUUAUUCUUGUAGUUUGGUUGGGAAGAAAUUGCAGGAUUUGUCAAGAUAAACAAUGCUCAUUGAAUUAUUCUGUGAUAGGAGUAAAUUAUGUGUUGCUGAUUGGCUUAAAAGUGAUAUUUAUUUUAAAUCAUUUUCAUUUUAUGUUUUUUUUUGAGAUAAUGGCAUGUUUUGGCUGAGUUUGUUUUUGUCUUUGCUUCUGUACCUGUUCAUAUUGAUUUUUCUAGUGGUUAUCAGAAUGCAAUGCUUACGUUUUUUAGUUCUGCCAUUUAUAAUGCUAUGAUUUUUAUCUGUAUUAAUAUUCUAAAAUUGUGUGGAUUGUCAUGUUUGCUCGCGACUUGACAGCCUCCAGAAUACAUGCCCGAGAAUUUGACAAUGUAUUCAGCAUGGGUAGGAGGAGCCAUUCUUGCAAAAGUUGUGUUCCCGCAGAACCAGCAUGUAACCAAGGCAGACUAUGAUGAAACUGGACCUUCAGUUGUGCAUAGGAAAUGCUUCUAACUUCUGACAGUGUAUUUGGUUGGCUUAAAGAGUACUUCACUUUCUAUUUUUUUUUUCUGGUGUUCAUUUAAUAUAUACAAUUGUGUUUACUAAUUUUAGUUGGGAUCAAUUGAUUGAAUUAGGCUCUACCUCCACAAAGAUAGCAUCUGAUCGUGUAUUGUUAAUUUAUUAUGAAAUAUAUAUUUAUGUGAUUUGUGGAA